CGUCAGCGCCCCGGUCCCCGCCGCAGCCGCUGCAUCCUCCGUGCCUGGCCUGAGCCGGAGUCCCCCGCGUCCCCUGCGUUCCGCCCGGCCAUGGCUGCGGUGGCGCUGAUGCCACCGCCGCCGCUGCUGCCGCUGCUGCUGCUGUUGGCAUCGCCGCCCGCCGCCUCCGCGCCGCCCGCCCGCGAUCCCUUCGCCCCCCAGCUCGGGGACACGCAGAACUGCCAGCUGCGGUGCCGCGACCGCGACCUCGGCCCGCGGCCCUCGCAGGCGGGGCUGGAGGGCGCCUCGGAGUCUCCCUAUGACAGAGCCGUUCUGAUCAGCGCUUGCGAGCGUGGCUGCCGCCUCUUCUCCAUCUGCCGAUUUGUGGCCAGGAGCUCCAAGCCCAAUGCCACCCAAACUGAGUGUGAAGCAGCCUGCGUGGAAGCCUAUGUGAAGGAGGCAGAGCAGCAGGCCUGUAGCCACGGCUGCUGGAGCCAGCCCGCGGAGCCUGAGCCGGAGCAGAAGAGAAAGGUCCUGGAGGCUCCAAGUGGGGCCCUCUCCCUGUUGGACUUGUUUUCCACCCUCUGCAAUGACCUCGUCAACUCAGCCCAGGGAUUUGUCUCCUCCACCUGGACAUACUACUUGCAGACUGACAAUGGGAAGGUGGUAGUGUUUCAGACUCAGCCCGUAGUGGAGAGCCUUGGCUUCCAGGGGGGCCGUCUGCAGCGCGUGGAGGUGACCUGGCGAGGCUCCCACCCUGAAGCCCUGGAGGUGCACGUGGACCCUGUAGGCCCCCUGGACAAGGUGAGGAAGGCCAAGAUCCGAGUCAAGACAAGCAGCAAGGCCAAGGUGGAGUCUGAAGAGCCACAGGACAAUGACUUCCUCAGUUGCAUGUCCCGGCGCUCGGGUCUGCCUCGCUGGAUCCUGGCCUGCUGCCUCUUCCUCUCCGUGCUGGUGAUGCUGUGGCUGAGCUGCUCCACCCUGGUGACUGCGCCUGGCCAGCACCUCAAGUUCCAGCCUCUGACCCUGGAGCAGCACAAGGGCUUCAUGAUCGAGCCUGAUUGGCCCCUGUACCCUCCGCCAUCGCACACCUGUGAGGACAGCCCACCACCCUACAAGCUGAAGCUGGACCUGACCAAGCUGUAGGCCUCCGCUGGCCCCAUCAUUGCCAAUUGCAGGGGCCCCUCCGGCCUCACUUGCCCUGAGCCCAGGAGUCCAAGGGCAGGGUGGGUCCAGCCUUGAGCCCCUCCACCCCCAAAUCCUUCCUCUCCUCCCAGUCCCACCUCUUGCCCCACGGAGUCCUGGGGAUGCAGUGCCCCAGCUGGGAGGAGGGCGGGAUCGGGCGCUGGUUCCUCCUUUUCCCCGCUUUCUCUGGGGCUUGCUACUUUUUGUCUUCUAUUGUGUGGCUUUCUGAGUAUUUGAAUCCGAGUCCUGUGUCGCCUUCUUUUUUCCUUCUCUGUCCCCUCUCUGGCGGGGGGGAGGCGCUGAGGCCGAGGGGGAGAUGCGUCUUGCUAGGGCUUCCCCAUUCUCCCCAUCCUAGUCUCCAGAGACCCAGCUUCUGAGAGAUGGGGUGUGGGCAUCUCCAUGCCCCUACAGAGCGUGCCUGGGGCUUGUCUGGGGCUGGGAAGGAAUAAACCAUGUAUAUAAAAGA